GAUCAACUAACAUUUGGCCUCUUCAUGCAAAAAUACCCUUUGCAACCUCAGCAAAUGCACGCAAAUCCAGGCCUUUUCUGUUGACAAAUAGCUCGAUGAAGUUAGUUCCUCAAUCCAUCAAAAGUACGUGGACUCACGGGUAUUUUCCUCAUUAUACGUUGCCGUGUGGAGGCGCAUGCUCUGUGCAGCCACUUGAGACCUGUCGCUCAGCUGCGACUACUGCUUUGUUAUAGGAAGGCUUCUUUAGACGGGAUUCUUCUCGUUACCUUUCAUCGAAAUGGACUUAGAUGAUGCUCUUCAGACUGACCACGUUGUAACCAGCCUAUACAAGCCGGAUGAAAACACUAAAACAAAAGUUGGAUAUCCCAAGUCUGUGCCUUUUUUCUCAGCUGGCUUAUCCAAAUAGGAACACACGCGCGGGCUGCAAGCUUACUGGUGGUGCUGGAUGAUGCUCUAAUUGUGUAGACAAAAACAGGUGUGUGUCUGAAUUGUACACUAGGGGAUAUGGGCAAAUGCUGCAAAUGCAACAGCAGACUGCUGUGCAUGUGCCUGCUACCUUUCAUGAUGACCGGCCACCUUCUUGUUUACAUUAUGGUGACCAUAUUUGUCACCAUCUCCUACACUCCACCAAAAAUAACCGUUCACUAUAUUGCCCCGGGGGUUUCCAUAAACUCCUCUAAACUGGCCUCUCACCCACUUGGCCCUUUCUGGAACCUUCGUCUGGAAGACAGUGCACUGUGGAACCAGUUGCAGCAUGCAUGGGACCGUCAGCAUAAUCCAAUCUUGCGAGGAAACACAAAUGGGAUGACGACAAAUCCGAAGACUAAACUCUUGCCAGAAAUUGAAGAUGAAUGUAUUUCUGACUGCAUGUCACAAUGUUCAAUCCCUCGUAUUCAAGGUUUAGACAGCUUUCCAGAGCAAGUGAGAGCAUUCAUCAGGUCAAUGCACUGUAGGGAGUAUCCCCUCCUGAUCAACCAGCCUGGUGUGUGUCAGGGGAACAGUAGUAGCUCACCUAUGCUCCUCAUGGCCAUCAAAUCCCAAGUGGGGAACUUUGAAAAUAGGCAGGCUAUCCGUGAAACAUGGGGACGCAGUGGUCUGGUGAAAGGGGAAUCGAAUAAGAAAGGUGGAUUAGUACGCACUGUGUUUCUGCUUGGAAGGCAGGACUCCAGUACAGGUCCACAUCCCGACCUUAAAAACCUCCUGGAGCUUGAGAACCAAAAAUAUGAGGAUAUCCUACAGUGGGAUUUCAGAGACUCUUUCUUUAACUUGACUUUAAAGGACCUGCUGUUCUGGCAUUGGCUCCAGCAAUACUGCCCUACUGCCAUCUUUGUGUUUAAAGGGGAUGAUGAUGUCUUUGUUCGAACAGGUGCUCUUCUGGAUUACUUGCACAAGCAGUGGGAUGAGCAUAUCCUGUGGACAGCCUACACUAAUGAAACAGACAUGAAUUUGUUUGUGGGUGAUGUUAUAAAUAAUGCAAUGCCAAAUCGUGAGCCAUCCACUAAAUACUAUAUACCAGGAAGUUUCUACAAAGGUGUUUACCCGCCUUAUGCUGGUGGAGGAGGGGUGGUGUAUUCUGGCUCUCUUGCAUUACGACUGCAAAAGGUAUCUGAAAGAGUGCGCCUUUUUCCAAUCGACGAUGUUUAUCUGGGUAUGUGCCUGCACAAACUGGGGCUCUCGCCAAGCCAUCACCCAGGUUUUUUAACAUUUGACCUCCGAGACACAGACAAGCACAAUCCGUGUUCUUACAAAUCUGUUCUGCUCGUUCAUAGACGAAGUCCUAAUGAGAUGCUGACACUGUGGAAGCGACUGCAGAAUCUGCCCAGUCACUGCUGAGGCUCAUUUGCCUGCCAAAUAGGAGCAAUCCAGUACAGGAUGCAAUAUAGCCAACACACUCCAGGGUAAAGUGUACACACUUGACUGACUGUUCACGUCAAGAAGGCAGCGCCCGUGAAGGUCAAAUAGAAUAUAACUGCCUUCCUAAGAGAUACACAUCCUUGAGGAGAAGACUGAUCUACCUCGAAGGGUAUUUUUGGAGGCACUAAACUGUAUAGGUUGUUGUAUCUGUACCCUUUAACCAAAAGUUUUACUUAACACUAUGAGGAAAUUCAAUGUCUGUCAAGAGAG